UACGCAUGCGCGAGUUCUUGAGGUGGGGGUGGGGCUGUCACGUGUAUGUGAUUUUUUAGCUUUUGCUGAUGGUGUUCAGAAUCAUGAAAAGAAUUCUUCUACUUUUAUUUUUGUGUUUCCUCGCUGCAGUAGGAGAAGAGACUAGUGUGGAUAGGGCGAGUGUUGAAGCAGACAAAUGCCCUGAUCAUUGCAAUCGUCAUGGUGUGUGUAUAUCUAAUGGCUCUAAUCCUUAUUGUGUCUGCGAUGAUGGGUGGGGAGGCGUGGCUUGUGCUGAUGUACGCUAUGACCUGUCAGCUGAUGAACCUAUUUCAAUUACAAUACGGGAUAAACAAACAGUAUAUUGUAAUAUUACAACACAGGUUCCUCCAUUUAAUAAUUUAACUGUUUAUCUUCAAUCUUUUAGUAAAUUACCUGCUGUUUCUACUCCCUCACUCUAUGUUGGUAGAGAUUAUUAUCCAGAUUCAGAUAACAACGAGUACAGUGACAUAACGACUGCAAGGCAGAAAUCAAUCACUGUCCUUGACCCAAAGGCUGGUAAUUGGUACAUAGCACUAGUUGGCCGUGACUCCCCAUCUCUCAUACUGACCAUACAGGUCAACAUGGAUGACGUGUGUUUCAGUAAUUGCUCUGCAAAUGGAAAGUGUCAGCCUCCGGACGAUAAAGGUUAUGUCAAGUGCCUGUGUAAUUAUGGCUAUCAAGGAGAAUAUUGUGAAGAGUAUAUGCCAGUUAUGCGCAAUGCCACUCCAUACACCGGUCACGUUGAUCAUGGACUUUGGAAUUAUUGGCAUUUCAAUAUAACUGUUGAACCAACUAAAGGAAUGUUCUUAUUACUUAGUGUGGGUGGGGCAGCAGAUAAGCAGAAUCUACCAGAGUUGUAUACUCAGAUAAAUGGUAGACCUACUGAGACACAGUAUGUAUGCCAUCAGCCGAACACCAGCAGCAGUACUGUUAGUCUUAUUGAGAACGAUUCGUCUUAUACUUGUGUUGUGAAUGAUACUACAAUGUUAGGGAAGGGAAACGCUUGGUAUAUUGGAGUCCUUGGUACAAAGUUAAGUGAAGUAUCAGGUAAUUACACUGUUAUGGCAACACUCCAUUUGUCGGGAACUCCUCCACUGCUGCUGUCUUCACCUCUUCUUGAGGAAAAUAUUGUGGCAAUGAAAUGGAAAUGGAAACAGAGGAGAGUUUUAUAAAUUCUAUUGAGUGAUCCUAAGGAAGAAUCAAUUUUUAUGAAACUUUGUGUGUGUGUGUGUGUGUGUCAUUUUUUAAUUUGUUUUUAAUGGCUGGACUUUAAAUGAGA